CACCUCCACUCCAUGGUGGGCUGGGGAUCUCCUGUCUUGAGCCCUUAGGCUAAAGACUAACUCUGAAGUCUGCUUCUCCAGGCUGUCCUAGUACUGAGGCUCAAGUCUACAAUCUGUACAGUAGCCUAAUAGUGAUGCACUUUGCAGCUUGAAAGUCUGUAGAGAGGACUGUGUGGGAAUCAUUCAGUGGGGUAAGAAACUAGGCAAAUGAUGACAAAUGCCUGUCUCUUUUCUCUGAGCAGGAGCACCAGGCCUGGGAGAGAAGCUGAGGCUGCUGGCUCCGUGGGAGAAGGUAGACGUUUGGCACAAUCAGUCCUUGCACAGCCAUCUCACUUCGUGCUCACUAGUGACCAGGGAAGAACAAUAUAAGAGGAGCCACAGAGAUGGAGACCAGAGAUUCAGGCCUUGGCUGCAUUCCCAAGGAGCCUGAGGCAUCCAGCUCCCUGCUCUUUGGAGCAACGUAUGUCUGCCGAGCCCCUGCCUACCUGGACCGCGUGGACAUGUUGUCUGGUGCCCCGACUCCAGGUUCACCCCGUGUACCGCAGCAGAGGGCCCUGAGGCUGAAGCAGGUGGGUGCGGACCGUGUGCUGCACCCGGGGCUGUGCACGUGGACGCUGGCCCCUGUUGAAACCGUCCUCUAGUGCCCGGUCACGCCCGCCAUGCCCCAUGUUCACAGCCACUCUGUCACGCAGUGCUGGCUCCCUGUCCCCUUCUCCUGACCCACACACCCCGGUGGCUGAUUUCUGUUCCUGACUAGGGGGAUGCCUGCACCUGCUCCCCACUCUUCCUGAGGAUGGGGAAGUUGAGGAGGACGGGAAAGAAAGCAGUCACUCAUACUUCAGGUACAUGCAAGAAUUUCUUCUUAAAAAAGGUUUUGUUUGUGUUGUUUUCUACGAUUUCCCUUUGGGCUGGGAGACUUGGGUUUGGGAGUGUGAUGGAUGAAAUCUAGUGGCCUUGCUGGAAGACUCCUUGGCUUGGCCUGAGGGGAUUGGCCUGACCCCCUGUGUGUUCCUCAGAGCCCGGUCUGGGUGAGUCUGUGCUGGCUGGGCAUCCUUGAGCCCUCACUGCCCUCAAACAGUUAGGAGGUGUGUCUGGGUGUGUGUUUGAAACCAGGGCCACCCCCUCCUGUGCUUUCUGAGCUGGGCCCCAGGGAUGACUCCCUGGUCCUGCGUGUGGGGCUCCUAGAGUGCAGGUCAGGCUGGGAGCCCUGCC